CUUCUCUUUUGUUUCUCUCACCAACGGAGACGAACUCUAAAUCUCUAAUGGCUUCGUUGCCGAGAUCGAUGUCGACGAUGAUGAUGUCGAGAAGAGAUAAAGUCUCUUUGAUUUUCGACAGAUUCGACAUCAAUCGUGACGGAGGACUCAACCGCGAGGAGAUGGGUGCUCUAGUCACCGCCGUCAAUCCAAAUGUGAAGUUCAGCUCCGAUCAAAUCUUCGCCAUUCUUGACGAAGUUUUCCGAUCGUAUUCCGAUUUAAUCGAAAAUCCUUUAGCGGGUCUCUCCUUCAACGGCCUUCUUCGUACCUACGAUGACGGAGCCGGCGAUGUUGAUAGGGAUUACUCAGCCCUCUUUCCUUCCUCUCAGGUAAUGUCCGCAACCCAAUUGGACGCCCCUUCUUGUUCCUCUUCGUCUUCCAUGAUUGGUUUAGCGGAAAAGUCGAUGAUGAUCCAGAAAAUCCCAAACCUUAGGGUUGCACCUGCUUGGGCUAAGUCGCCCAACCAUGGUGUCCACUAUGAUAAUACGUGGAAGCUUGUUGAGGAUCUGGAAAUAAUUAUCAGAAGAAAAAUUAAGUCUUGUACUCAUGGUCACGACAAGAGUAAAUAUCCGAAUAUCAGUGAUGGGUUUUCGGAUAUUGGGUGGUCGACGGAUUUUAGUGUAGAAUUUGAUGAUAAGAGGUUCUUUUGGGAUGAGAAUUGUGCUGAUUUCAGGACACUUUUGAAGGAAGUGAGGGAUAUUCGGGUUGCUGUUGAUCGGAAUUUGCCAAGAGAAGAGGCUUUUGAUCGACAUAUGGCGAUUGGACGGACUCUGUAUGAUUAUAAGCUUCUUACAGAGGCUCUUCAGAGCUUCCAGCGAGGGGCAGAUUUGAGCCCAAUUGAUGUUCGGCCGCAUUUCAGGUUGGGAAAUUGUUUAUGCUUGUUAGGGAGGUUGAAUGAGGCUAAGGUUAGCUAUAUGUUGGGUCUGGAGUUGGCAGAGACGACCAAUUCGAACAAGUGGUUGGGACUGUUGCCACAGGUACAUGUGAAUUUGGGGAUUGUUUUGGAAGGAGAAGGGAUGUUGCUCAGUGCAUGUGAGCAUUAUCGUGAAGCCGCGAUUUUGUGUCCAACCCAUUAUCGGGCCUUGAAGCUCUUGGGGAGUGCGUUGUUUGGAGUUGGGGAGUACAGGGCAGCAGAGAAGGCAUUGGAGGAGGCAGUGUUUUUAAACCCGGAAUUCUCAGAUGCCCAUUGUGAUCUUGGGUCAGUUCUUCAUGCAGUUGGGGAGGAUGAGAGGGCAAUUUUGGAGUUUCAGAGGGCUAUUGAUCUAAAUCCCAGCCAUUUGGAUGCGCUGUACAACCUUGGUUGCUUGUUUCGGGAUGUGGGUCGGUAUCAAAGGGCUGCAGAGAUGUAUGGGAGAGUUCUGGGGAUUCAGCCAAACCAUUGGCGAGCCCAGGUGAACCGAGCAGUCUCACUGUUGGGAGCAGGGGAAGCUGCUGAUGCAAAGAAAGCAUUGAGGGAGGCCCUCAAGAUGACAAACAGGGUUGAGUUAUAUGAUGCAAUGGCACAUAUGAAGAAGUUGCAGAAGAAAAAUCAAGGUGGUCGCUUGAGCUCAUUCGCUAAGAAUGAUGUGCAGUCUUCUAAAAACAAGAAGUGUUUGGCAGAUGGAGUGGACGUGACUAUCGUGGAAGCAUCCAAUUUCAAAAGGGCAAGUGAGAAAACCACAAGGAGGGAGUGUCUUGCUGAUGCCCUUCACAUUAGGGACUUCCAAAGGAUCACUAGACUUCAUCGAUGUGAUGUUUCUCUUCUGAACAAGGAGACAGAGAGUGGAUCUGAAGAAUGGGAAACACACGUUACAGAUAAUUCAGAGAGUGAGGAGCCAGAGAAGUCAAUAAAGAAGGCAGCAUUAGAGGUGAUUUUGCGGAAGUUGCUUCACUUUCUAAAACCAGAAGCGUUUCAGGGAGCAGUUAAAGCAGUUGACCGACAAAUUUUGUCAGUCUUGGAUGCUACCAGUUCUGGGAGAGUCGACUUGGGCAUGUUCUAUGCUGUCAUUGCUCCCAUCUGUGCUGGGGAAACAGGGAAUCGCAAGCGUGCCGCCUUUGAUGCUCUAUUGUGGCGCUCAAGGAAGGAGGGUCAAGGUGUAAUAGGAAAGGUUGAUGCAUUAAUCUACAUGAGGUACUUGAGGCUCAUUUAUUUCCCUUCUCAAGGAUGUAGUGACCAACUGGUAGCCCAUGUAGAAGAGGAGAACACGAUGAUUUCAUUCCCUGAGUUCCUCCAAAUAUUUGAUGAUGACAAACGGGGAUUUGGCAUCUUGAGCACUUUGGUGAACCUUGAAAAACAUGACAGGAUCCGUCAUGGUGGGCAUUCUUGUGAUGCAUGCCGGUACCCAAUUAUUGGGCCCAGAUUUAAAGAAAUGACCUCUCACUUCAGCCUUUGUAUGAAUUGUUAUAGUCAUGGCAAUGUGCCCUCAAAAAUUAAGCGGGAACAGUACAGAUUUAAAGAGUACUGGAGUGAGGCUGAAGUAGUGAAAGAUAAGCUGAAGCUAUUUCGAUGACGUUAUGUGGAAAACCCUUUUUGAGGAACCUUGACCAUCCAUCUCAUUGGUUCCUUUCCUUAUCUCACAUAGGUUGUAAUCACCCACUCAAAUUCAUUUUACUUGUCUAAAGAAACAGAAUCAUUAGGUAGGCAUCUCUAUUUACAAUUUUUGAAUUGGAUCUUAUGAAACAAUUCUUUACACAGCA